UCGAGGUGACUCUCGCGCAGAACGCGCACACACAGGUACACACGUAGCUACCCCUCGAUUGUGAAUGUGCAUAGACCUCUACCAAAACGUUCAUGUUGUGUACAUUCACCGACUCGAUUAAUGAUAAAUGGGUUUUGGUACUUAUUUUUUUAUUCGAGGCGGAGAACGGGAGGCCAUAGUCGUCGAAAGAUUCAUUCAACUGACCGUUGAAAUGUAACGGAGCUAGAGUUACUUCCCUUGAACACGUGGUAAUUUCAUUCGGAUAUGGAGAAGAACAGCGAGGAAAUGCAGGGAAACGGAGAAGGAAAUGAAACAGAUGGUACCAAAGAGGAAGAAAAUAUGCGGGCUGCAGACAGCGGAGAUACAGAGAAUGGCGUAGUCCAAAAUGUGGCUGAUGGUAUCAAGGCAGAAGGUCCUGAAGAGUUCGAGGAGCUGAAUGCCACUGAAGAUAACAAUAUUCCACAAGGGAAGACAGACCAGACAGAUGCCUCGAAUUCAGAAGUCUCAGAGCAGGCGGAACCUGUGUCGAAUCCAGAUACUCCUACCGAGAAAGAUGGAGAGGACCUCUUUGAGUAUGUCAUCAAAGAAAUUCCUGUAUCCAUCUCAGUGUGUACAUCGGCGUAUGACUUCAACGUACAAGGCAUUGUGUACUUCUUGAGAGAUAUCAUGAAAGAUCAUCCGGAACUGAUCAAAGAAGUGAAGGUCCAUGCGCUACCGUACAACGAUCUCGAUCAUUAUAAAUUUCCAAAGGAAAACCCAGUUGAUGUGAUGCUUCUGUGCCACUCCAUCAACAACAGAGGGUUUAGAAUCACAGACGUCAUGGAUGCCCUGUACGAUGAGUACCUUCCAUACUGUGCGAGGGUCGUAGGAAAGAACAAGAUGGGGGUGAUCGUCCAUGACUUUGAUGAUAUGAGAGAAACAGUUCAAUCAUCUCGCAUGAGUUCAUUCAGGUACAAGCAACCAAAGGCCUUCGAGACUACCAGCCUUCAGAUAACAUGUGGACACAUCAAGGAGAAAGAGCAGGUCCUAGAACAGAUGCAAGAAGUAGACCGAGAAAAGCUCCUUGAGUUCCUGAAGAAUGCGUCAAAAUGUCCCGAAGAAAUGGUUGCGAAUCCAAGCUUAUUGAAAAAGGCGUAUUCCACUCUUUACUUAUUCUGUGAAUCAGUUAAGGCGCAGGUAGGGGGCAGUCAAGAUAGCACAUCCGAAGGAUCUAGCGUGCAUCGAAGUGAAGCUGAACGAAACGGUCAUGGUCAAACGAAGAAAGCUACAUCCGGUGGUUCUCACCAGACACUUCAAGCUAGCGUGGAUGAAAGGGAACUAAAUCCAUCGAGGGAAGCAUCUCCCAUAGGACAGCAAAGACCAGGCACAUCUAACUUGGCGGCAGCGGCACACACCCAUAGUUCACCAUCGCCUCGUCGUAUCUCAAUCUCAGUCUGUUCUUCCGCCUACGAGCACAACGUCGAAGGGUUCAUGUCCAAGCUUACCAAGUUGCUAGCCGCACAGCCUCAUAUGAUCGCCGACGUCCGUUUCCGGAGCCUACCGUACAACGACAUAGAUUCAUUCAGGUUUCCGUCAAACGACCCCGUUGAUGUGAUGGUCCUCUGCCAUUCAGUCCAAAAUCGAGGGUUCUCAAUCACCAAUGUACUGAAUGCUCUCUACGAAAAAUAUCUGCAAUAUUGCCAUGAUGUGAUUGGAAAAAAGAAGCUGGCCGUGAUUGUUCACGAUUUUAGCGACUGCAAACCACAGACCCUUGAUGUCAGGAUGGAAUCGUUCAGGAGGUCACAACCUUUGACAUUUGAGCUCGUUGACACCGUGAUCGUAUGCGGUAGCCUGGGGAAACCAGGCAAAAUAGAAAUAAGAGAUGAAGAUAUGACACGACUUACAACCUUCUUCUUCGAGAACAAUGCCGACGAUCAAUCAUUAAUAAAAAGCCUGCAAGGCACAUCCGGCGGUUUUCACCAGACACCACAAGCUAGCAUGGAUGAAAGGAACCAAAAUACACCGAGGGAAGCAUCACUCAUAGGGCAGCAAAGACCAGGCACAUCAGACGCGGCGGCAGCGGCAAACAACCGAGGUUCACCUGGCCAGCAGCCCAAGGCUUCUAGAAUGACUGUCACAUCUGCACCACUAAUGUCAACACCAUCGCCACGUCGUAUCUCAAUCUCAAUCUCUGUUCUUGCACCUACGAGCAGAACGUCAAAGGGUUCAUGUCCCAGCUUACCAAGUUGCUAGCCGCACAGCCUUAUGUGAUCGCCGACGUCCGUUUCCGGAGCCUACCGUACGCAGACAUUGAUUCAUUCAGGUUUCCGUCAAACGACCCCGUUGAUGUGAUGGUCCUCUGCCAUUCGGUACAAAAUCGAGAGUUUUCAAUCACCAAUGUACUGAAUGCUCUCUACGAAAAAUAUCUGCAAUAUUGCCAUGAUAUAAUUGGAAAGAAGAAGCUGGCUUUGAUUGUCCAUGAUUUUAGCGACUGCAAACCAAAG